UGAACGUAGCACAGUGCAAAUGAAAACUAUUUUUUUGCCAAUGCAUUGAUUGUGUGUGCUUGAAUAAACAAUGCCAACUAGUAUUGAAAUACAAAAUGAAAAACAAUAGUUGUCAAGUGCAGUGCGCGCGUCAAAUACUAAAAACGAAUUAACAAAACUGACGUGAAUAUUGUGUGUGCAGCAACUGACAUACACAUACAGACACCUAUACAACAAAACACACAUACAGUGAACAGCAUACUAAAUAAAUUGUAGGGCAGCAAGUGCAAGGAAGGUAAGCACAAAUCGCUCGGUCAGCAAAGCAAAGCACAGCCCCUUCGAGUAGCUGGCGGGCAGGAAGUCUUGCCGUGAAGGUUGAACAAUCAAAGCCAGAGAAGCAAGAGGAGCAGGUAGCAGCACGUUUAAAUGGCUGAUGGUCAGCAGGCAGCAGGUGCAGGUGCAGUUUCCCGUGCUGGUGGCAACAAUGGCCCGCUACUCGAUGUGCCACAAACAGUAAACAAUGCCACAGGCAGCAGCAGCAGCACUUCAAGUGGCGCCUCAGCUGCGGUUGGGGCAAUUGGUGGCGCAGUUGCCAGCGGGAGUGCCCUAGCAAGUGGCAGUGGAGGUGGAGCUGGAGGCAGCGGGAGCAGCAGCAAUAAUGGGAUCGGCAGCAAUCAAGGCUAUUAUCAAUUAAGCGUGACAAUUGAAGAAGCCUCGCUGCGCAAUAAUGGCUUCCUCAAACCGAAUCCUUACGUGGAGCUGCUCAUCGACAGCAAGAGCAAGCGCAAAACGGAUCUGGUGAAGAACAGCUAUCUGCCCAAAUGGAACGAGGAAUUCACAGUGCUGAUAACACCGAAUUCAACGCUGCACUUCAAGGUGCUGGACCAUUCGAGCUUUCGCAAGGAUGCGAUGCUGGGCGAGCGAGCCAUUCACUUGGCCCACAUACUGCAGCACUACAACGGACGCUGCGAAUUCCUCGAACUGACCAUCGAUCUGUUUGUCACCUCCAAGUCGGAUAAUCGCCAGACAAAGAGCGGUGAACUCGUUGCCAUACUCAAUGGCCUCAAGCUCGACAUGAGCAAGCUGCAGUUGCAGCCACAGAACGGAGCUGCUAUUCAACCGGUUAAUCCGGCUGUAAGCGAUGCUGCUGCCGCGGGACGUAGUUGUAUGAUUUAUGGCGGUGUGCGUGCUAGGAUGCGGCUGCGUUCAAGUAAUGCGGAGCCACAGACAGCGACGCCGCGUUCCCCGCUGCCGCCCAAUGGUGUCGUGGAACAACGACGCUCGACAGCGCCGCCUGUGUGGGAGCAACAGCCACAACAGCCGCAGCCACAGCAGCAACCACUACGCUUAGUUAAUGGCAGUGCAGCGGCUGUGCCGCAGACAGCAUCGUAUCCGCAACAGCCGCCAAUGCCGGCGCCACAACAGCAGCCUCAGGCACAAGCAGCAGCAGUAGGUGUGCAACAACCGAUGCCACAGCGUGCUCAGGUCUAUGCCAAUGGCAGCGUGGAGAACGGCAUGUAUAUGACCAAUGUGGCGGUGCCCGUCGAACAGAGCGCGGCCUGCGGUCCUGUGCUGCCCGUGAGCAAUGGCAGCGACCCACAAAUGCAGACGCAGCCAGCGGAGGAUGAGCUGUUGCCCGUGGGCUGGGAGAUACGCUUGGAUCAGUAUGGCCGGCGUUACUAUGUGGAUCACAACACACGCUCCACGUACUGGGAGAAGCCGACGCCGUUGCCACCGGGCUGGGAGAUACGCAAAGAUGUGCGCGGUCGUGUCUACUAUGUGGAUCACAACACACGCAAGACGACGUGGCAGCGGCCGAACAGCGAACGUCUCAUGCACUUCCAGCACUGGCAGGGACAGCGGGCCCAUGUCGUCGCACAGGGUAAUCAACGGUUCCUCUAUUCGCAGCAGCAACAACAGCCGACGGCUGUGACGGCACAGGUGACACAGGACGAUGAGGAUACGCUCGGACCGCUGCCCGAUGGCUGGGAGAAGAAGGUGCAAUCCGAUAAUCGUGUGUACUUUGUGAACCACAAGAAUCGCACCACACAAUGGGAGGAUCCGCGCACGCAAGGCCAGGAGGUGAGCCUCAUCAACGAGGGUCCGUUGCCACCAGGCUGGGAGAUACGCUACACUGCAACCGGCGAACGUUUCUUUGUGGAUCACAAUACCAGACGAACCACCUUCGAGGAUCCGCGACCUGGUGCGCCUAAGGGCGCCAAGGGUGUCUACGGUGUGCCGCGUGCUUAUGAGCGCAGUUUCCGCUGGAAGUUGUCGCAGUUCCGGUAUUUGUGCCAGAGCAAUGCGCUGCCCUCGCAUAUCAAGAUCACGGUGACGCGACAGACGCUCUUCGAGGACUCGUAUCAUCAGAUAAUGCGUCUGCCCGCCUACGAACUGCGACGACGUCUCUACAUCAUCUUCAGGGGUGAGGAGGGACUCGAUUACGGUGGCGUGUCGCGUGAAUGGUUCUUCUUGCUGUCGCACGAGGUGCUCAAUCCGAUGUACUGUCUGUUUGAGUAUGCCAACAAGAACAACUACAGCCUGCAAAUCAAUCCCGCUUCCUACGUCAAUCCGGACCAUUUGCAGUACUUUAAAUUCAUCGGACGCUUCAUUGCAAUGGCGCUGUAUCAUGGACGCUUCAUCUACAGCGGCUUCACCAUGCCGUUCUACAAGCGUAUGCUGAACAAGAAACUAACGAUCAAGGACAUAGAAACGAUUGAUCCGGAGUUUUACAACUCGCUGAUCUGGGUGCGUGACAAUAACAUUGAUGAGUGUGGCCUUGAGCUGUGGUUCAGCGUGGACUUUGAGGUUCUCGGUCAGAUCAUUCAUCACGAGCUGAAGGAGAAUGGCGAGAAGGAGCGCGUCACCGAGGAGAACAAGGAGGAGUACAUAACGCUGAUGACCGAGUGGCGCAUGACACGAGGUAUUGAGCAGCAGACAAAGACGUUCCUGGAGGGCUUCAACGAGGUGGUGCCACUCGAGUGGCUCAAGUACUUUGACGAGCGCGAACUGGAGCUGAUACUGUGCGGCAUGCAGGACGUGGACGUUGAGGACUGGCAACGCAACACCAUAUAUCGACACUACAAUCGCAACUCGAAGCAGGUUGUCUGGUUCUGGCAGUUUGUGCGCGAAACGGACAAUGAGAAACGCGCUCGUCUGCUGCAGUUCGUGACAGGCACGUGUCGUGUCCCAGUUGGCGGCUUUGCGGAGCUGAUGGGCUCGAAUGGACCGCAACGGUUCUGCAUCGAGAAGGUGGGCAAAGAGACGUGGCUGCCGCGAUCGCAUACGUGCUUCAAUCGAUUGGAUUUGCCGCCCUAUAAGAGCUACGAUCAGCUGGUGGAGAAAUUGACCUUUGCCAUUGAGGAGACUGAGGGCUUCUGCCAGGAAUGAGUGGUAGUCGAUUUGUGGUCAGUUUGUUGAUUAAUGUUUAAUUCCAAUUGAGAGCGUCCCGCGUUCUGCGCUCUGUGUCGCAAACCGCAUCGCAUCGCGUCCCGUUACGUUGAUAGUUACUGUUAUUAUUAUACUGCAUUGCCCACUGUAUACGUAUGUACAUAUUACAUAUGUUUGAUCACUAUUAUGUGCACACCCACACACACACUCCCACACAAACACACACGCAUAUAUUUUAUCGGAGAAUUCCCCGCUCCAAAAUUCCUAUUGUAUUGUAUUGUCUACAAAACAUUAUUUUAAGGCGUCUUUUGGCUCAAUCUGUGCACUCUAUGUUAAGUUUCGGCCAUAUGCUCUAUUUAUGCAUUAAUAACACACACAUACAGACACUGUGAGAGACACCGAGCCAGCUCCCAUGUCAUAUCUUUUGUUGUUAUGUGUUUUUCUCUUUUAAUUAAAUAUCGAAAAAUGUUACAUCUUGUUACACUCGUCAUUCAAACGGUCCACAAAUUAUAAAAACCAAAAUAGAAAAAUCAAUUCUAAGCGAAGAAAAAGAAAACACGCAACAACCUGAGCAAUAAACAAAUUAUAUAAAUUUGUCAAAUUUUAUGUUCACUUUAUAUGCAUGUAAAGUUUUGUAAAUAGUUCCAUAUAAAUGCUAUUGUUAACAAUCAAAUAAUUAUUGAUUUGGCCCUCAUUGUAAAGUGCAACUUUAAAUGCAAUACAUAGCGAAAAGAAAGCAAACGUUUUUAACUGUUUAACAAUUGUUUAGCACAUCAACAAACAAAAUUUUAAAUAUCAAUACACAAAAACGAAACAAAAA